AGCAGUCUGUCCGGAAGCUCUUUCAUCCCGCAGGAGCAGAGCGACCAGCGCCGCGCUCCGUCUCCGCUGCCCGCCUGAACGCGCCCGACCGCCCGGCAGGACCUCCGGGAGCAGCCGCCCUUCCCCGCCGACCGCAGCAGCAGCAGCUCCGCCGAGGGGCCCACGGUUCCCACGGGCGAUGGCGAGGCCGAGCCACAGUGAUCACGUCCUCCAGCAGCUCAACAACCAGCGGGAGUGGGGGUUCCUGUGCGACUGCCUCAUCGCCAUUGGCGACAUCUACUUCCGGGCGCAUAAGGCCGUCCUGGCGGCGUGCAGCUCCUACUUCCGGAUGAUGUUCAUCCGGGACCAGCAGGGCGCGGGCCGCCUGGACCUCAGCAACAUGCAGAUCAGCGCCGAGUGCUUCGACCUCAUCCUGCAGCUCAUGUACCUGGGCCGCAUCGUCGUCGGGAGCUACGAGUUCGAGGAGCUGAAGGCGUCCAUGGCCUACUUGCAGAUGUACUACAUCCCUGACUCGCUGGAGGAUCUCAGGGACAUCCGGAGCUCCAACCUCGCCCCCUCUUCCUCAGCUUCCUCGUCUUCCUCGUCCAGCUCUUCCACCGGAGUGGCGGCUGGGAAAAUGAUGUUCGGAGUGCGCAUGUAUGAGCAACAGAUGCCUGCGGCAGCAACAGUGGAGGGGGAGCGCUUGCCGAAGGCUGUGACUGGCGCGGGCGUACGUCCUGCUGUUCCUGCAGCUCCAAGCAGGCCGGUGGUGGUGGUGGAGGAGGCCGUGACCACACCUCUGAUCGCGGUGCCGCCCUCUGCAGACGGUGGUGCCGAGCAGCCGUGCGACUUGAGGAAAAGAGCCGGCGGCAGGAGCGCAGGCCUCAAAGACAGGCCGCGUUUCGGCCGCACUUUCACCUGCGACGACUGCGGCUUCGUCUUCAGCUGUGAGAAGCUUCUGAUCGAGCACAUCCUCACCUGCACCAACCGCAAGACCUACCAACCUCCGCGGGGCAACGCAGAGGCCGACGACUCCAGCAAAGCGGAGAGCUCCGCCUCCGAGAGCGUCGACGAGCACAGACUCUGCAAAGGCGAGGACGACUGGCCGGAAACCAAGACGGACUGUGACCUCGCCAUCAGGUCGGUGGCGGCCGGGACCGACGGCAAGCCCGGGUCCACCAGGAUCAUCAAGACGGAGCCGGAGGAAGGCGUGUUUCCGGAGAUCGAGAUGGUCCGGGUGGGGGAGCACGCCGCCAGAGAGGCUGCUCUCGCCGAUUCUUUGCGGGAAAAGCUGGCAUCAGACCGUGAUUUGGGGCCCAGCGUGUCGGGUUUGGAAAGCAGCAGCGAACAGCUCGAAGGCCACCUGUCGAGCAGCAACGACUCAGGCGUCCCCGCCAAGCUGCGAAAGGUCAAAGACGAGCGGCAGGAAGCAGACUGCACCCCCUGCGAGCUGUGCGGUGCCCUGCUGGCGGAGGAGGACAAGUCGGGCCACUACCUGUCCAACCACAUGGGCCACAUCUGCGCCUGCGGGAGGUGCGGGCAGGUCCUCAUCAAGGGCCGGCAGCUGCAGGAGCACGCCGAGCGCUGCGGCGAGUCCCACGGCGCCGAGUCGGACUCCCACGGUGAGGACGAGGCCUCGCUGCUGGGGGAGCCUCAGGGCGUGGAGGAGGGGCUGCUGGAGGUGGCCGACCUGGCCUGCCCUCACUGCGGCCUGCUGUUCCAGAACGAAAGCCUGGCGCUGGAGCACGCCCUGUCCUGCCACGACCAGGAGCUGUUCCGACCCGCCCUCCUGGAGGACAGCGGCGAGCCCGACCACCGGCGGAAACACUUCUGCAGCAUCUGCGGGAAAGGCUUCUACCAGCGCUGCCACCUGCGCGAGCACUAUACCGUCCACACCAAAGAGAAGCAGUUCACCUGCCAGACCUGCGGGAAGCAGUUCCUGCGGGAGCGCCAGCUCCGCCUCCACACAGACAUGCACAAGGGCAUGGCGCGCUACGUGUGCCCGCUCUGCGACCAGGGCACCUUCCUGAAGCACGACCACGUCCGGCACAUGAUCUCUCACCUGUCGGCCGGAGAGACCAUCUGCCAGGUGUGCUUCCAGAUCUUCCCCGGCGGCGAGCAGUUGGAGAAACACAUGGACGUGCACCUGUACAUCUGCGGCGUCUGCGGCGAGAAGUUCCGGCUGCGCAAAGACAUGAGGAGCCACUACAACUCCAAACACACCAAGAGACUCUAGACCCGCGAGCGUUGCCGCGGAUACGCCGCCUGUUACUGAAAAGCCAUAAAUGUGAGAACAAAUCAUGCACUUGAACACCAAAAAGACUUUUUAUCUGCACUUUUGAAAACAUGUGUAACCUGAACUCGUCGUCAUACUGGGACUGGUGAUUGGCUGAUUGGAUAUUGGGGGAGGAUCCUUAGAAUCCAGCCUUUUACUUGUAGUAUGUUAUGUUUCUACUCGGAAGUCUGUUGAAUAUUGUUGGAGAAACAUCCCCAUCCUGACUUCAGCAUCCAGCAUGGCUGCUGCUAGCAUUAGUGAAGCAGCACUAUGAGCCGUUGCUCCGUCGGGUUACGAGUCAGGAUUACUACCAACAGCUAGUUGGAUAUUUGUUUUGUGGCUUAAAUGUUUUAUCAAACCGUCUAAAAGGACUUUCCUGCGCGCGUCGGGGGUUGUCAAACUGCAGCUGGAGCAACUCAGGUGUGAUGCCGUUCCCAGUUCCCACCUCCGAGGUAAAUGGAACGCAUCAGCUUUAUAUCAGGUUGUCGGAGAAUUUUCCGUUUGUCCUCUCAGACUGAAAGGAUUAAAGCUGUAGACGUCGUCCUCGGAGAAAUGGCAGACCUGGAAAAUCCAAACGUGGACCCUUCAGGUCGCCUGACAACAUGCCAGACCAGGUUCUAGGAAUGUUCUCCAGCCUUUUCUGAGCUGGAGGUGAUGAGGAACAUUUUCAGGAUCAUGUUCUGAACAUUUUUAGGAUCAUGUUCUGUCUUUGAGAAUCAGUCAUCAGGUGAAGCAGUGGCUCCGCCCUCCCUGGGUCAUGAUAGCGAUGCUGAAUACAAACAUGUCACAACUGAGUGGUGCCUCAAUCCCACCCGGCGUGAGAACGCGGUGAAACGGCAGCGCCGCUGUGAAUCAGUGAGGUUCUAGUCAAAGAUGGUGGUCCCGCCAGAACCGGUGUGGAGGGGUUUUAGAAGCGUCUCAAAGCCACUUCCACGGCUGAAAACCACAUAAGUUCCCACCGGGGGAAGUCUGGCCGUGCGUAGACAUCACCCGUGGAGGCUGCAGGCGAAGAGUUGAGAGGACGAGGUAUGAACCGUCUACGAAGAGAAGUUGAGAUGAGAAGUUUAGCACAUUUUAUUUGAGCACAUUCAUCGUUUUAUAUGAGACAUGAGAGGGUGGUUCAUCUUCACGUGACGAGAUUACAGUAAAUCCCACGUGGUCUAGAAAGCUCAAGGAAAACCCAUAAUCCCACAAAUUCAGCUGAGCAGACGGUGGGACCCGAGGUUGGUCUGAGGUCAGUCUGAUGGCUGAAGACCAAGAAAAACCUCUGCAGGUCCAGAUCGCUGCGCAGAACUGGACUGGAUGGCCCCGUCUCCUGUGGGUUCCUCCGACGUGGAGCAGGUCAGAUUUGAUCAGGGUUCUUGUCAACGGUUAAAAACCCAUUUAUGGCGCUUUUCCCCCAGCACCUACUCAGCCCGACUCGACUCGCCUCGGUUUUGCGCUUUUCCACUAGGGGUCGAGGCGGGUCGAGUAGAUACUUUUCUGUAACUAUUCUGCCGAGGUUCUAAGCGGCUGAGUCGGCUGUAUCUGACAUCAUCACACUACAGGCCACCGAUUGGUCGGGGGGUUGGAGUCCGACGUCUGAGUCAGGAGGAGGAAAUCAGCGAAAGGGCGAGUCUUGGCGGCGGCUUCUUGUUCAUUUUAUUCGCCCCGCGCAAAAUUGUGUUUGUUGAUCCAACUCUGAGGUGCAGAUGUUCAUAAACCUGGUGCUGAGGAGAGAAUUAAAAAGGGAUCUAGACGGGCGAUAAGGAACCACCAGAUCCACCAGGAGCUCUGUCACUUCAUAGCUGCUCAGCUACCAACGGACUUUUCAGCAGCGCCGACACAAACUAAAAAAAAAAAAAAAAAAAAAAAAGCGUCGCCGCUUGAAGCUUCUUUCACUCUCAUUUUUUAACUUGAUAUCGAACACAAGCCACAGACCCAGCAGCACAUAUAUCCUCUCCUCCAGGUUCUACAUCUUGUUGUAUUCUCCUUUUAGAUCACACAAUCAAAUACGUCACAGCAGCUUCACUCCAACCUCCUACUUCUGCUCCAGGUGCUGGAUUGUUAUGGAAAAGAAACCAUGGCGAGUUGAGUCGAGCUGAGAUGAAUAGAGCCGAGUAGGUACUAGUGGAAAAGCGCCAUUAGGUUCUGGUGUUCUCAGAUGGUCAUGAAUGCUCACUGGUGUCCCGUCUGAGCGGACAGUCCACAGUUCAGGGCUUCAUCAACCCAACGCUUUCCUGAGAGUUUGGUGGUGGUGAGCGAGGUCAACAUGGUCCUGUCGGUGCGAUGGAGAAGUCCGGCUGGUGAUCUCCUGUGGAGACGAGCCGAGCCUUGCACCGGGAUCGUACUGCGACACGUAUCAGCCCCGGUGUGACCGGACUGUACGAGGACGUCCUAUGUUGUAGUAGUUGCGACCAGACCCUGAGGGAUGCAGGUUAUUUAAGUCACAAGGUGGAAGGCGUUCCCGGUGAUUCAGGAGAGGAGACCAGCUCUGGAGAGUUGGUGGUAAACCGUCACCAUCCAGGCUGCAGAGGUUAUGUCUUCGUAGCUUAGCCUCCUUGCAAUUAGAUGUUACUCGGUUGCAUUAAUACGUCAUUUCAAGUUAAGUUUUAAUUGUCUAGUCAGUAGACGGAGUCGUAGGAUUUCAGGAACCGUCAGAAGAUUAAAUUGGACAGUUUUAGGUCCCAGGACAUUUCUCUCUGUCAUGUUUGUUCCCGUCUCACUCUGAGAUGUACAACCACUGUUUUUGAGCUACUAUGGCCCAUUUUUAACCCCCCGUCCCCACAUCUUCUGAGACAAGUGAAAUGCUACCAGGGCUUUGAGGCAAGGAGGACAAUAAGUAGUGGUUGAAAAGAUAAAUUAAUUUAUCUCGCCUGAAACGUCUUAAUAAAGCACUUUACAAACAGCAUUGGGGACCAGGGUGCUGACCAGGGUGACUUUGAAAGAACAUGUGAACCUGUAAAUUGGGGGAGGGGUGGGUUUUAAGGACCUGUCCAAGAGGAAAACACUAGAACCAGAGUCACACCCACCUGCUGUAACCAAGUGUUGGACGAAUCUGGAACAAGUCAUAACAUCAUUGAGAACUGACCUAUUGUUAAGCCCCGCCCCCUUAAACCCAGAUGAGCCAAUGGCUGUUGAGCAUCAGUUCCACAGGGACCAGAACUCAGACAUCUGCAGUUUUCAGCUCCACAGAAAAACCCUGAAGAUCCUGAAAUCUGAUCUGUUUAUGGAGUUUAUUUAAAUCAAUGUGUCUGGAGUAUUUGUACUACUGAUUCCAGGUAUCAGAGGUACUUGUACUACUGAUUCCAGGUAACAGAAGUACUUGUACUACUGAUUCCAGGUACCAGAGGUACUUGUACUACUAGAGAUGAUGGAGAACAGGAUUAUUUUAUCAUUGUUCUAUUUCCUAAAUCCAAACUAAACAGUUAAAUGUCUGUUUUGGAUUAAACUCCCAAUUUACCGUCCUGGAGAUCAAC